UAUAUUUAAUACAAAGAAAGCGAUAAAAUCCAUAGUCCUGUCGAACAACUUUGCUCUGUUUAUCAAUGGGAGAACCUCAAGAAAAGCAGCUCAACAUAUCUUUUCAUGUAGUUGAAGAGGAAGGUAGCAAAGAACCAGAUUAUAUGGCGAAUAAUUUGACUUUGUGGCGUGCAAAAUACAAGAGGUGGCUCGAUAUAGGGUUCAACGCGUUUCUAGUCCUAGCUUCCUUAUCAACUGCUACACUUCUCGGCGAACUUUACUACAAAGAAGGUGGAAAAAGCACAUGGUUGAAUUCAUUGGUCCAAACUGUUGGAUUUCCGGUACUUCUCCCUAUUCUCUUCUUGAAAAAAAGACAAGAAAAUCCAGGCUCCCAAAACGAUGAUAAUAAUUAUACUCCAUCUGUUUGGAUAUUUUUAUCUGUUUAUGUUUUUCUUGGCUUUCUAUUGGGUGGAAGUGGCAUGCUGCUAGCUGUGGGCUUAUUACACCUCCCAGUUUCAACAUUUUCCUUAAUUUCCGCUAGCCAAUUAGGGUUCAAUGCAGUAUUCUCAUAUUUCCUCAAUUCCCAAAAAAUAACAACUUAUAUAGCCAAUUCUAUUAUCCUACUCACCAUCUCCUCAAUUCUUCUUGUGUUUCAACCUGACGAUUCGCCUUCAGGCAAAGGUGGAUCGUCAAAAGGGAAGAAUUACGUAUUAAUCGGGUUUGUGUGCACCCUGUUCGGUUCAGCAGGCUACGCGUUACUGUUAUCUUCCACUGAGCGAAUUUUCAGAAAGGUUAUGAAAAAACGCACCAUGAAACAAGUGAUGAACGUCGUUAUUUGGCAAUCGUUUUUCGCCACGUGUGCGAUUUUGAUUGGCCUUUUCGCUAGUGGUGAAUGGAGAUGGGUGAAAACAGAGAUGCAAGAGUACAAGCUAGGGAAAGUGUCAUAUGUUAUGACAUUAGUGUGGAAUGCUUUGUGUUGGCAGAUUUACACAAUUGGUGUACUAAGUUUAAUUAUGAAGGUAUCUGCAUUAUUUGCUAACGUGAUUACUACAGUGUGUGUGCCUCUAGUUCCAGCUCUUGCUGUGAUUAUUUUCCAUGACAAGAUGAGUGGGGUGAAAGCUGUGUCUAUGAUUUUGGCUAUUUGGGGAUUUUUAUCCUAUGGUUAUCAGCAAUAUCUUGAUGAAGUUAAGCUCAAAGCUGAUUUGUCAAAGGAAAAAGAAGAAUCUGAAGUGUCACUUGUUGAAAGAGGAUUGAGUCAUAGAGCUUAAUAUUAAUUGUAGAAAAGAUUAAUGGUAUUGUUUUUUCAUUU